UGAUUGAACUGUAAACUAUCAACAGUCACGUUCAACCCAAGCAACUAGCUGGAAGGUGGCCGCUAGAUUUAAGGUGUCUUUGGUCUGUGAUACACGUGUUUAAACUAAAUUGGAAACGGAAUACUUAAUUAUUAGGUCAUAUUGAAUAGAUUACGCCGAAAUGAGCAAAUUAUUGAAAAUCGGUUUCCUUGGGGGAGGCAAAAUGGCACAAGCAAUGGCAAAAGGUUUCAUUUCAGCCGGUUUGACCAAGGGUGAAAAUAUGACGGCUAGCUUUCAUCCAUCGGAUUUGCCAAAUAUUGAAGCGUUCAAAACCAUAGGAGCACUAACUUAUGUGGAAAAUCUUCCGGUAGUGCAGAGCUCCGAGGUUAUUUUUAUUUCCGUUAAACCUUCGACAGUACCAACAGUGCUCGAAUCUGUCCGACCUUCUAGUGAUGGAAAGCUGUUCAUAUCGAUUGCUAUGGGAGUAACUUUGGCUGAACUGGAAAAAUCUUUGUCUCCAAAAGCACGAGUGAUUCGAGUAAUGCCAAAUACACCGGCACUCGUUCGAAGCGGCGCAUCCGUUUACGUCCGGGGCAAAGCAGCAACACCGGAUGAUUGUACGCUGACACAAGCGCUGUUCGAGGCCAUUGGAACAUGCGAAGAAGUGACCGAAUACCUGAUGGAUCCAAUAACUGCGCUUUCCGGAAGCGGACCUGCCUACAUUUUCGUUCUUAUUGAAGCACUGGCCGAUGGUGGCGUCAAGAUGGGUCUUCCACGUGAUUUAGCAUAUCGAUUGGCUUCGCAAACCGUUAUGGGAUCGGGACUGUUGGUUCGAGAAUCAGGCCGCCAUCCGGGCCAGCUCAAAGAUGACGUUACUAGCCCGGCCGGAUCAACAGCGGCUGGAUUGGCCUUCUUGGAAAAGAACGCAUUCCGUCAUGCCGUGGCCGGUGCAGUCGAGGCAGCGACGAUCCGGUGUCGUGAAGUCUCCGGCAAUAAAUAAUAUCGAUGACAUUUCUUCGCGCCCAUCACACAACACGGAACACGGAUACCGAGGGAACAACGGAUUGAUGCAGAGCACAGAGUACGGCAACUUUGGAUACUUAUUAGGAUAAUAAAUAAUAUCGAACAACGUUCGAGGACAAUAAAAGUGCCAGAAUGAGUCUCAAAACAAUCGCAACGGAAGAAAUAUCGACCGUUUAGUCACAUUUGACUAGAAGAGGGUGUCUCGAAAAGUGUAGGCAAGAAAUUAAACAUGCUUUUUCUAUUUUUGAGAUUGUUUAGGAACUUUCGAUCAGUUUGAAUGUUAAGAUGUUAACACUAGAA